AUGUCAAAGCAUCUGGUGUUUGUAUACGGAACGUUGAAGAGGAAUGAGCCCAACCACCAGGUGAUGUCGAAUACGUUACGCGGCGUGGCAUCGUUCGCGGGAACGGCUCGAAUGACUCAGAAGUACCCGCUGAUCAUAUCAACCCAGUACAACAUUCCGUUCUUGUUAAAGGACGCGGGAAACGGUGAGGUCAGUCGGAUUAUUUAUAUUUACUUUUCAAAAAUAAACAAUAUUGAGACGUUAGGGGGCGGUUGAGAUAGAAUAGAAGUUUAUUAGGACUGGUCAAGAAAAAAAAAUUUGGGAAAAGGGAGGUGGUUGGGAGGGCGAGGUGUGAAAAAUUUUUUAACAGUAUACAUUGUAGGAUGUGCAAGAUCAGUAUGGCACUUUUCCAAAAUUAGCAGAAGUCUUAAUUUUUUAUUUUUCACUAAUUUCGCAAUUUAUCACCUUUCAAAAGAACCUUCGUUUCCAAAAAACUAUAUAUUGUCCAGAUGGCUGGCUGAAAAUCAGGGACAGCGCGCCCUUUUUUCCGACGUCCGGCUUUAUUCGAAAACAACAAUUUUUGGUCUCAAAACAUUUUCUACAUUAUUUCAACCUUAUUCAAACAUUGUAUAGUUAUUACAAGCUUUUUUUGCUCAACUUUACUUUAUGAUUUAGGUGGAAGGGGGGGGGUUUGAGCGGUAGUUUAGUUUUAAUAGAUGAAACUAGUUCUGGGCUCCGUUCAAUUUUUUAAAACUAGGACAGUCAAAGAACUACAGUAAGACUUUUUAAGAAUAUUACGGUAUUUUCUUUAUGAGAUGCGGCUUUUUUUACUACAGUGGUCUCUCUAUAUACUGAACCAUCUGUAUAAGCAACUCUCCUUAUAGUAAACAAAAGAUUUGGCCCCGUCAAGUCAAUUUUCACUAAAAGGUCUCUCAGUAAAGGCAACACCCCUUAUAGUAAACACAAAAUGUCGGUCCCUUUAGGUUUUUUAUAUAUGUAGAGAGAGUACUGUAACUAUAUGACAUUUGGAAUAAGUUAUAACCAUAAAAGUUGCAAUAAAUUAAUUCUUCUUGUUGAUUUAUAUGCGGUUCAAGGUUAAAAACCCAAAGAUGUUUGACAUGUGGUUAUGAUAUAUUCUCGAAUUUAUUAAAUCUACACGCUUGGGCUUAUUAUAUUAUUCCAAAGUAUUUUAUUAAAUAUUUUUAGGUAAUAAAAUAUCUAAAAAUUCGACAAUUAUGUUCUAACUAUGUAAAGUCAAAGCUGAUUUGAACCAAAACCUUAUAAUAUGUAAACCAAAGUUAAUUGCUUUUUCUUCUGUUUAUUUUCCCAAAGGUCAAACCUGAUCAAAACUAUAAUACGAUAUUGUAAAAGACCGUUCCGCGUUUGUUUCCCGUGUCUUUAAUUAAAUUUAAUUAAAAUACUGGUUUGGGAUAUUAUUGUUAUUACUAUACUUUCCCAUAUUAGCUCGUAUUUUGACUUCUAAGGUUUUACGUUACUGUAGAGCGAAAAAAUGGUUAGAUUAUUAUACAUAAUAUCUUUAUAAGAUAAUACGAUGUACAGAACGUUAAUAUUAAAAAUGAGCGCAGUAUAUGUUUUAACUUUUAUACUGUGCGUUCAGAACAUGCAAAGCUAUGUUUGCUUUAGUAUAUACUAUUGCUUACUCAAACACAACCUAGAAAAACGUUGUUUUUGUUUUUGAUAUACCAAAAGUAAUGUAAAGUUUGAUUUUUUUUUCAAACUAGGGUGCCGUUUUAUGAGUACUCAUUUUGUCUUGUUAACCUCUGGUUUUUGUUUUUCAUCCAUUUUUUGAAAAACGUUGAGGUUUUAUUAUCAAUAACACGCUUAAUGCAUUUGAAAACAAAGCGAAUGAUGAUUGAUAUAGCUUGGGGGGACGUGGGGAGAGAAAAGGCAAUCGUACAAGCAAAUUUGCCAGCCGGCUGGUGGGUUUUAAAUUUUGAAAAUUUUUGAAUUUUGGUUGUGUACACUCUAUUAUAUAUUGUAAAAUAAUUUUUUUUAAAUUUAACCUUCUUUUUUAAAAGUUAACCCUUUCAAACAUUUCAACUCUUUUUGACCUGCCCACUUGGUCAUUUCUUAACUUUAUGACCGCAAAAUUACCCGCUAGAAGUCAAGUAGUUAAAGGGUACGUUCAACUUAAAAUCGGAGGCAGAUUAAGAGGUUGAAAGGAAGUUUAAACUAAUUUUAAUUGUUUUUUGUGGUUGUUUUCUUUUCUUUUUUGUAGUUUUUGAAGGUCACAAUUUACCGCGGGAUUUUGAAUUUUCUUAAAAACAGGCACUUAAAAACUUCUGUAGAAAAUGCAAAUUUUAAGACUUAAAGUAAAGAUAGAGAUUUUAAACUUAAAGAUUACUAGGCAUUUUUAACCUGUUAUAUUAUUAAAAUUAAAGAUUUUUAAUUUUUUUCCAUUUUAAAUCGUUUCAUUUUAAAAAAGAACAAAAAUUCAAAGAAUCUAAAAACUUUUAAGUCGCUUAACACUUUUUAAAUCGUUUUUGCAAUUUUUUUUCUUUUCGCGCAAUCCUAUUGACAAUUGUUAUCACAGCGCUUUAAGACGCUGGAAAAGUAAACUUUGCUCUUUUGCGUGUCUGAACAGCUAACCGUAUUAUUUACCUGUUUUUGUCACCUAGGGUUUGUCCUCAAUUUUUUUUGCUUUAACCUUGCGUUUCCCCUGGAAAGUCACUGAAUUUUCAAAAUUUUGAAAUAUUUUUAUUUUUUAUAGACAUUUAUUCUCAAACUACCCCCUCUCCCCCCCCCCCUAUUCUUCCAAAAAUCAAGCCAUUGUCCAUAAAAUACUAAAAUCAUUGUUUCAGUACGUCCAAGGCGAGCUCUACAAUGUAGAAGACGAAAAACUGGUCGAGUUAGAUGAACUUGAAAACCAUCCUCACUUCUACGUUCGUCACGAAGAGAAAUUUGAACUGAUAAGUGAUAAAAAUGGGGAGAAGAUAAAGGGAAAUGUAAUCGCUUGGGUUUACUUGUUACCUACAUGGACAGCUAGCCUUUUGGAACAAGGUACCACUCCGUUAAAUUGGUACAGCAGCCUUGGAGAGCAUGGAAGAGCGUAUGUCGAAAAGUGA